AUGUUGGUCGCAGGUGACUUCAUAGAUGCAAAGCUAGGUGCCGCACUUGGUAUUACUACUCUGGCAGCUGCAGCUUUGGGUAAUUCCAUCGGGGAUGUAUCAGGGAUAUGGCUGGGGAGCACAGUCGAAGCUUUCACUCAUAGAAUGGGUCUUCCUGACCCUAAUUUAACCAAGGCACAACGUAUGUUGCAUUCUGUAGCUCUCACAAAGACAGCUGGGAAUGUUGUCGGGGUACUCAUCGGUUGUUUUCUGGGAAUGUUCCCUCUGAUGUGGCCGGAAGAUUAUCGUCUGUGGCGUUCACCAGAGCAUGAUCAUGCUCCGCCCAAUAAGGACGAGGAAGAUUGA